GUCUAAACAGCUGUAGUUUAUUUGAUUGGUCUAGAUUGCAGAUCAAUGAAGGAAAGUUAUAAUCUGAUUGGCUAUGAUAAUGUCUAUCUAGUGAUGAAACCACUUUAUCUGUCCCUCUCACUACCUAUUCAACCAGUCUGGUCCUUUGUCAUCAUAGCGACGUAAUCUGUUCAUGUGAUUUAUCUUUGUUAUUACGGAAUUCACCAAAUUUUAUGGAAUUGACGUUUAGCGGUGCUUUGUUAAACAUUAAUGCUUCUAAAAGAGAAGUUCAGGCAUUAUUAUAUGGCGUCUGACUGGGCUUUUGAAUUCAUGGGAUUUAAAUAUCACAAGUUUGUAAAGGUAACUCUACUUUCGUUGCUUAAUGAUGGGAGAGAUGUAUUCAAUCAUUUAUUAUGGUUCUAAAGUCUACACAAACCCUAAGGUUACCCAAAAGACGUCGCGAUCGCCAGCGAUCUGUGACUUCUAUGACGACAACAAGUUCAUCUACCACCAAGAACACGAACACUGGCGACCAUGUGUUCAACACAAACACCUCAAACUACGCUGCUUGUUCAAGUCCUUCAUCUGCCCAUAUCGGAGAGAAUACUGUAUACCCUCAAAUGCCUUGUGUCCAACUGCCUGUUAACUCAUGUUCUUCACCCUACUCUCCAAGUGUUAUGAUAUCUGAUGUUAAUGUUUCACAACAUAUCGGAGCAAAAGGCUUUUCUACCAAUGACAUAUGUCAGCCUGUCAGCACCGCCCCAAAUAUCCCCUUUUACAUUGUUCAAAAAGGUGCUUGUGCACCAGCUGAAACUCAAGAUGCCAAUGCUCGCCUACUCAAUCAGAAUUUCUACGUUAUUCCUGAUUUCACCCGCACAGCAGAAAGCCAAAAACCUUCAUCUUCUGAACUAAAAAGUUCCUGUAUUCAUUCUGAUUCCAUUCAACUGCGUAGUUCAAAGGAGCUCCCAAUUAGUCAAUCGGAAGCAUAUAGGAAUUACAACCACCAAAUGGCUGUUGAUAUGACAACUAAUACACUGCAUAAUCAAAUGUCUCACCCAUCAUCUUCAGUGCUAGACUCGUCAAAUCAAAUGAAUCAAAUGGGAUCGCCUGUCUGGUCAUCUGUGGACCCCAUAGGGACUCAGAUGGCCUUUUCGACAGCGUCGUUACCUAGCAGUGCAAUGAUGGUAGCAGCAUUACAGACCUCAUCCAAUUACCGUAAAAGAACUCUAGAAUCAUUUAAUACAGCUCAGGUUUUUCACUCUUCAACUUCUGGUUCUUCUACGAUCUGUCAUAGUCAAACUGAUCCUAAAUGUCCUACGGACUCAAACAUGAUUCCUAUACUGCCAAAUGCCUGCUCUCCUUUUUUAAUUUCAACUACUGCAUCCGCAUCAACCAAUUCCUCAACUGCUAUACAACAACUCCUAAACCCGAUCAAUAUGGCUCGUUUAAUUGCAUUUAAUCAGAACAUGCAAUCAAACACACAAUGCCAAAAGUCUUUUCCGUUGGAUCAUCUUCACCAGUCUACUUUAGCUACAGGAUGCCUAGCGUCAUCCUUCCAGCACACAGCUCCCGUUUCCUCAGGUAAAUACUCCCGACAUUCUCUUCAAACUGCUCAUUCAGGAUCCGCAUCAACUUCAAAAUCCAUUGUUUAUAUGCGUAAUCAUUCUAGCCCGUCAGAAUGGUCCAAUUUCAAAACAACGGCUACUCAUAGUGGACAUCGCAGUCCACAUGGUGAUGGUAUUAACCAUCGCAUAGCACAGUUACAGCAGGCUUCAACAGACAGAUCCCUGCAACUUAUCAUUUUACAAGAUAUAAAUCAAAUCUUGUUGAUGGAUUUCGAAGAAAACUUAACCAAUUUAGAUGUUAAUGGUUUAGUUAACUGUGUUCUGGAAAUUCUCGAAUCACAAGAAGAACAUCUAGUUGAAUUGAAAAAUUUGAGCUGCAAUGUUUUAACCCAUAUGAUGGAUGUUCUUCCUCGUACCUCUGAUGCUAUUGUCCCAGCUUUACCCAUUCUACUGACUACUAUGUCUUCCAGUUUUGUUGGUGAUAUAUUGGAAAGAAUAAUUAACUUGUUGGAACAAAUAUCACGUCGUCAUGGGAAAGAAGUACUGAAAUCUGGUGGUGUUUCUACUGUACUAGGAUUUUACGACUUUGUUACGUCAACACAACAUCGCACUAUUUUAACAAUGGUGCAUAAUUGUUUUGCGAAUCUUCAACCAGCUGAUUAUGAUUUAAUUUCCAACUGUCUCCCUACAUUAGCUGAGCACCUAAAGGAGUCAGAACCGCGUUGUAUUGAACGUGUUUGCAGUUGUUUUGUGCGCUUGAUCAGCGCUUACCGCUUUGAACCAAAUCUCCUCAAAUGUAUUGUUAGUAGUUGUAAUUUGUUGACCAACCUUCAAUCAUUGCUCACUUUAACACCAUCAGUUUUGUCCAGUAUUCAUGAAGUAAUUGAGAUACUAGCAACACUGUGCGCAAGCUGUCCAGAUUUAGCAGUGGAUUUGAUUAGGCAAAAUAUCUCAAAUACCAUAUACACUAUUUUAUUGGGAGUAAAUCCAGAAACUGAAACUAACUGGUUCACUCUAACAACUUGUUUCAAAGGAUUAACAGUUGCAAAUCUAGUUCCGAAUCCAUCAAUUAAUAAGCGUCUUCGUGCUCGUUCUCACUCUGGUGAACCAUUUAAAACAUCAUCGUCAACAUUGUCAGGUUCAACGCACUCAUCAUCGAAUAAACAUUAUGGUGUUGGGUCGAUGUAUUCAUCUGACAUAUUGCAGUCUACUAGUCUACCAUUUGGUUGGCAAUCUUUAAUGAUAACUAGUUCACCUUUAUUGAAUCCCACUGUACCAAAUACACCAAAUUUAUCAAUAAAUCAAAGAAGCCCAGAUGAUGUACAGGCGAUAGUGUACUUGAUCAGUGAACUGCUUCCACCAAUCUCUAUUCAAUCAAAAUCAUCUACCUUAUACUUGAAUACACCACAAAGAUCAUCUGAUUUAAUUGCCUCUGAUGUUCAUUUUGGAUCAGGAGUUAAUUUGAAUUCUAUGUUUUCCAGAAGUGAUUCCGGUUUGUGUACUCCAGAACAGUUGACUGCUGGGACAGUAUUUUUCCCUGAUACAAGCAAUUUCCAAGUUCAGUCUUCGAAGAUAAAAAUUCUGGAAGUUCAUCAUCCGUUUCAUCUAAUUCAUCAAGUACCUUAUUACAGGGUUCAUUUGAUUCUAUCAACUUAUCCCAAAGUGGUAGUUCUCAGUCUCAGAUAG